AUUUCGGAGUUGAAUACCAUGGGGACUCCAAAUGAUCAGGCAGUGUUGCAGGCCAUCUUCAACCCAGAUACCCCAUUUGGAGAUGUUGUUGGGCUGGACCUAGAAGCAGCAGAAAAGGAAGAACUAGAUGAAGAUGGAGUUUUCCCUCAAGCACAGCUGGAGGAGUACAAGGCCCUGGAGCUGCAGGGGGUGAUGGCAGCAGAGGUUGGGGACCUCAACACAGCCCUGGAGAGGUUUGGCCAAGCCAUCUGCCUGCUGCCUGAGAGGGCAUCAGCCUACAACAACCGAGCCCAGGCCCGGCGACUUCAGGGAGAUGUGGCAGGCGCCCUGGAGGACCUGGAACGCGCCGUGGAGCUAAGCGGAGGCCGGGGCCGCGCCGCCCGCCAGAGCUUCGUGCAACGCGGGCUCCUGGCGAGGCUGCAGGGCCGGGACGACGAUGCCCGCAGGGACUUCGAGCGGGCGGCGCGGCUGGGAAGCACUUUUGCGCGGCGCCAGCUGGUAUUGCUCAACCCCUACGCCGCGCUGUGCAACCGCAUGCUGGCUGACAUGAUGGGGCAGCUGCGCGGGCCGCGCAACGGGCAUUGAGCGCGGCCAGGGAGACAGGAGGGGCCCUGAACCAAUAAAGCUACCCCGGCCUGAC